CAAAUGUUUAAGAAAAGUCACUAAUAUAAUAAAACAUCAGUACUUCCACACAAAAAGAGAGAGAAACAUGUCGUCGACCAAAAUCCAAAUACGAGGGCAACCCCUUUUUAAGGUUCUGACAAGAAACCACCGUAUGAUAAACUCUGUUGUUUGUGGAGUUCCCAUCAAAAGACAACACCGUGUAAGCAAUGUACUCCGUACGAGUGAUCCACCGUUGGGUUCUGUCCCAACAAGAACAGACGAGAGCCAGUUUCUUCGUGGCGAUGGUAACGGUAGAUUCGGGAGGUUCGGUGGAAAGUUUGUACCGGAGACAUUGAUGUCUCCCCUGAGAGAUCUCGAAGAUGAAUUUGAUUUUGUUUUGAACGAUCAUGAAUUUCAGGAGGAGCUUACUACAGCGUUAAGAGACUACGUAGGAAGAGAAACGCCUCUCUACUUCGCCGGACGUUUAACCGAACACUACAAGAACAUAUCUCAAACCACCGGAGGUGGACCCGAAAUAUACCUGAAAAGGGAAGAUCUUAGCCACUGUGGGUCCCAUAAAAUCAACAAUGCUCUCGGUCAAGCGAUGAUUGCCCGGCGGCUUGGUUGCAAGCGUGUGGUGGCAGCAACAGGAGCCGGUCAACAUGGGGUCGCCACGGCGGCUGCUUGUGCGAAGCUCUCCAUUGAGUGUACUGUUUUCAUGGGAACCACUGAUAUAGAGAAACACUCCUCUAAUGUACUUUCCAUGAAACUGCUUGGUGCUCAGGUGAAAUCAGUUGAAGGAACAUUUAAAGAUGCAAGUUCAGAGGCUAUUCGAAAUUGGGUUGGAAACCUAGAAACCACAUACUACUUAUCCGGGACGGUGGUAGGACCCCACCCAAAUCCGUUAAUGGUACGCGAGUUUCAAUCCGUGAUUGGGAAAGAGACAAGAAGACAAGCAAAACAACUAUGGGGUGGUAAACCUGAUGUGUUGGUGGCUUGUGUGGGGAGUGGCUCAAACGCAUUGGGACUGUUCCAUGAGUUUCUUGGGGAUGAGGAUGUGCGACUAGUCGGGGUAGAGGCCGCGGGACUGGGUCUGGAUUCAGGGAAACAUUCAGCUACUUUGGCCGUUGGAGAUGUUGGUGUGUAUCAUGGCUCCAUGAGCUACUUAUUGCAAGAUGAUCAAGGACAGAUCCUUAAACCACAUUCCAUAGGAGUAGGAUUAGAGUAUCCCGGAGUUGGACCAGAGAUUAGCUUUCUGAAAGAAAGCGGAAGAGCCGAGUUCUACACAGCAACAGACCAAGAAGCCGUUCAAGCGUGCAUGUUAUUGAGUAGAUUGGAGGGAAUAAUCCCAGCUUUAGAAGCAUCUCACGCCCUGGCGUUCCUCGACAAACUUGUUCCUACUCUGCGCGAUGGUGCCAAAGUGGUCGUGAAUUGCAGUGGCCGUGGUGACAAAGAUCUAGACACUCUCAUUCAACGAGGCAUGCCUUCUUCUCUUUGUUGAUUCACCGAGAUGCCACAUUAUACUUGCAAUCGAAUGGAAGCAAUCACAACCAUCACUAUGAAUGAAAUAUAAAUACUAUCUAUUAUUUCAACCUACCAGUUACCUAGUGUAAUUUUUAGAUGCUUUUUGAUAUUUAUCAAUUAUCGUCAAUUAGUAUCUUUAAGUAUUAAAAUUUGUUGUUACUAAUAAAUAAAAUAAAUCUCUCUAUGUGAUAAAUACUUUCGUUCGAUUAACCUUUGAUUCUCUGAUAAUAUAAGAGAAGAAAGAGACGUUAUAAAAUUAUAAAAUAAAAUACAAUAUUGAGAUAAGAGUAAUUUGGCUUCCUUCAAUCUCUAUCUACAGAAAGUCUUCGGCUUUAAUUAUUUUUCAUACUUUUCAACAUGUUUGACUGAGUUGACUCGUGGAUCAUCACUUCUUUCAUUGUGUAAUCACCACAAUUCUUUCUGUGUUCCACACGAACAUGGCCACCUUCAAAGAGAAUGUGUUCUUCAUAUCUUCCUACGGAUUUUUUGUAAUAUUUUUGUCUCUCCAAGUUUCACAUGUUUCCUCUGCAGUUGACACAAUCUCCAUCAGUGAAUCUCUUUCAGGAGACCAGACCAUUGUAUUUGACGGUGAUGUUUUCUGAACUCGGCCUUUUCAGACCAGGUACUUCUAAUUACCACUAUAGAGGCAUGUGGUACAAACAGUUCUCUCCACGAACUAUAGUUUGGGUGGCAAAUCCACAAUCUCCUGCUCUAUACACGGUUUCUAUCUCCUUAAAAAUCUUGAACGGAAACUUACUUCUUCAUAAUAGUUUCGAUUAUAGAAUAGUGUUUGGUCCACCGGUCUAAAUUCUACCGACAAUAACGCCAAUGUUCAAGCGGCUCUACAUGAUAACGGUAGCCUAGUCCUGAGAGAUGGUUCCAGUUCAUCUGCCGCCGUGUUGUGGCAGAGAUUUGAUCAUCCCUCAGAUACUUGGCUUCCUGGCGCUAAAAUCUGGUUUAACAAUAACACAUCGGAAAGCCAAGGUCUCACUUCUAGGAACAGGGCAGAAGAUCAAUCACCUGGUCAAUACUCACUCAGGGUUGACCCUCACUCUCACAUCAUGGUUUGGAAUGGCUCCAAGUCAUAUUGGUCAAGUGGGCGACCGACUUGGAGCGUUCUGUGAAGUUAUAGGUACGUACGAGUAACUUGACCUUCGAAAUGAAUGUACAUAAGUCUUAUAUCGCAUAUUCAGUACGUGAUUGACAAGCAUUUCGUUUGGUUAUGGAUGCUUCGGGACAGUUCAGGCAGUACAAUAAGCUGGCCAAAAUGGUGAUGUGGUAUUUGCCAUGGGAUGCACCCAAGGAGAGAUGUGAUGGUUACGGUUAGUGUGGGUCGUUUGGAAUUUGCAUCCAGAAUUCGCCAGAAGUCUUCUCCUGAAAAUGUGCUGUUCCCUACAGAACGGAUUCGAAUGAUUUAGUUGGUCGUUGUGUUACUUGUGUAACCAACGCCAAGCUUCAGUGUGACCUGAAAAAUAAAGAGUUUCUUUCUUUUCAGAACAUGAAAUUAGCCACUGGUCCAACAACAAGUUUUGUUACUACUACUACAGUACUACAUGUGCCACGACCUGUCAGGCGGAUUGUUCUUGCGAGGCCUAUGCAUAUGAUGGCAAACAAUACGGUCAUAGACAUUAACAUUUCAACGAAAAUGUGUACUGUUGCCACAAUUCUAGCUAUAUCACCAUUAAUUUUUAAA